AUGGACACGACCCAGGAUGAAAACCACCUCGAGCAGAAAAUCGCCCUUCUUCUCCACAGCAUCGAGCAUGGUAACUUCCAUCCUGGCCUCUUCUCUUCACCUACUUCUGUGUCUGCAUCUGGUCUUAAUACCUCUAGUGUGGUGCCUGUCGAACCAAAACCAGUCCCCAAUGAAAGAUGGCUAGCCCUAACCCCAAUCCUGAGGGAUGUCUUUCUCGCCAAAGCGAGAUUGCUACUCAUGUCUGUGGGCUACGGGCUGCAGAUGGGGCGGUAUGAGAAGCUGGCUGUGUCGGUUUAUGGGGAUGUCUCUGGGGUGGUUUCUGUUACUACUUUCAGGGAGAGAUUGAAUUCGGUAACUACAGCUGCUACGGCUGAGAAACUCUCCAAGUCGUGCGAGAGCCAAUUGACUAUCGGGGCGAGGUACGACGGUGCCAGUGCAGGCGCAGAUACAAGCGCAGGCAAAGAUACAAAGACAGAGGCAAAAACUACCCUCACCACCCUCGAAGAGACAGUCCAGCGCAGCCUCCCACUCCUGCACGAGCUGCACGCCCUCCUCCAAAACACCACCACAGAUGCCACCUGGGCUGACGAAGCCACAAGAAUCACCACCCUAGCCACACCCCCCAAAGUCUACAUCGCAGUCACUGGAAACACGGGCACCGGCAAAUCGUCCCUGAUCAACGCAAUCACAGACGAAGAGCGCAUUCUGACAACGAACUGCAUGCGCGCCGCCACAGCCGUGGCAAUCGAGAUCGCGUACAACGCGGACAACGCCGUGCGGUACCGCGCGGAGAUCGAGUUCGUGAGCGCUGCUGAGUGGGAGAGGGAGCUUGUCGCGCUGAAGCAGGCUUUGCGGGCGGAGGAGGAUGCUGUCGCUGUGGGGCAGGUUGCGAGUGACUCGGAGGCGGCGGUUGCGCUGGAUAAGAUUCGUGCUGUGUAUCCGCGUUUGAGGACUGCGGGGGAUGUGCUUGGUGUGGAGGUGGGGGAGUUGAUGGCUUCGUCGUCGUUGCGGGAGAGGUUGGGAGGGAGGGUUGUGCUGGAGGGGGAUGAUGUGAAGUUGUUUUCGAAGAAGCUGAGGGCUUAUAUUGAUAGUCGGGCGAAGGGAAAGAAGAAGACGGCGGGGAAGGGGGAGACGGAUGAGGGCGGUAUCUGGCCGCUGAUUCGGGUUGUCCGCGUGUUUCUCAAGUCCGCUGUGCUGGCGACCGGUGCCGUGCUGGUUGAUUUGCCGGGUGUUUAUGACUCGAAUGCGGGGCGCACGGCCGUGUCGCUGGAGUACAAGAAGCGAUGUGCUGCGCACUGGGUCGUGGCGCCGAUUAAUCGGGCGGUCGACGAUAAGGUGGCGCAUGAGUUGCUGGACGAUAGCUCCCGGAUGCAGAUGCAUAUGGACAACGCGUUCAACGACAUCACUUUUAUCUGCACCAAGACUGAUGACAUUUCCAUCCGCGAGGUGGAGGAGUCGCUGGGGCUGGAGGAGUCGGCUACCGAGUCAGGUCAGGACCGGUCGACCCGGCGCCAGGAGCUCCAGGCGCGACUGACAGACUUGUGCAUGAAACGGGACAGCAUACGGGAUGCACUGGAGACCGUGGACGACAACGUGGAGAAGCUCGAGGCGCAGCUGGCGGAGGCCCCGGCCGACCUGUCGGAAACGUCGCCCAACAAGAGAAAGCAUAGCGACAUCACUUUACCCGGUUCUGCGACUCCCGAGGGCGAUGUGUUCCCAACCGCGGGAGCUUCCCCCGUCUCUAGGCAAACGCCGAAGCAAUCAAGCACAGAACAGCUAAGUGCGCAUUAUGCGUCUGUCAAAAGCAAGCAGAAGAAUUUGAACGCCCGGCGGAAGCGGCUCCGACAGGAGGUGACAACGGCCGAGGAGGAGCUGCACGCCCUGGACAUGCAGGACAAGGCACGCAAGGAGCAGGCAAAACGGCAGUGCAUAGAGGCGCGCAACGCAUACUCCAAGCAGGAGCUCAAGCGUGGGUUUGUCCAGAUCCUGCGAGAGACGGACCAGGAGCUGUACGAGUCACCGUCUCGACCAGCGCGGGAUUACCGUGCGGCGGAGGAACAGUUGCCGGUGUUCUGCGUGUCGACCCGCGCGUACCAGUGGAUGCAGGGCCGCAUGCCUAAAGAGUCGGUGGUCGAGGGAUUCACGACGCUCAAGCAGACUGAAAUUCCCCAGUUGCAGCAGCAUUGUAUCUCGUUGACGGAGCGGGCGCGCGAGGCGGCGGCGCGGCGGUUCCUUGUGGAACUUAACCGUCUGCUGCAGUCGUUGUCGGUGUGGACGACGCCUAACCCGUUGGCAGCGGAGUUGUCGGAGGAGCAGCGUCGUGCUAUUGAGGUGGACUUUACACUGGCUGCUAAAGAUUUGGAAGAAGCAUGGCAGAAACACCGAGCCCAUUUCGGACAGAAUCUCAAACAAGCCAUCGAUGUAGUGAUCGCAGCCAGAAUUCCGGACGUCAUUGCCCGAGGCCAGGAGAAGUUCCCCGGGGCGGUUCGUCGGUGGAACACGACCAUGAGAUAUAACACAUACCAAGCUGUUUGCCGCGGAGACGGGGUGUUUUGCCGACACAACCUCAACCAGGAAUUGGCGAAUCUGGCGUUGAGAAGGCUGGUCGCUGCGUGGCGGGCUGUGUUUGACGAAGUGGUGCCGCAGCUUACGCUGGACCUGCAGCACGAGCUGGACCGGUCUCUCCGCCGAUUCCACACAGCCGCACUGGCCUCCGUUGACAGCAUUCCGGCAUCGGUCGACCAGCGACUGGGUAGGAUCAAGGGAGCUACGGCCGAGAGUAUCGCACAGCACCUCCAGAUGACGAAGGAGGGGAUCCGCAACGAAUCCAAGGACCCGCACCGAGGGUUUGCGGAGAGCAUUGCGGAGGGACUGAGAGGGACUUACCAGGCGUGUGCGGACCAGUAUGGCCGGGGGACCCUGCGGCGGAUCCAGAGGAUCAUGUCCGACACGGCGCGAACCCGCAGCCAAGCAGUGUUCCAGCACAGCACGCUACGUCUGAUUUCGGAUCUGGCGACGCUACAGCGCAACAGCGACUCGCAGCUGCAAAGCAUCGAAACCACGUUCACCGGGGUGGUGCGCGACUACCACGCGGCGCUGGUGGCACCACAGAUCCAGCAGGCGACGGCGUCCCAGACGCAAAUCAAGACGGCGGUUCAGUCCCUGGUGGAGAAGAUGGAGACGACGUUACAGCUGGAGGAGAUCUUGACGCCGACUUCUUCCCCGACUGUGAAGAAGGAAGAAGAUGUGGAGGCGACGGACGAUGGUCAUUGAUUGGGGGGGUGUUGAUCUGGCUGUGCAGCACCAAGACCAUUGGUUGGGUGGAAGUGGAUUGUAGGGGCCAAUGACAGGUAACAACUUGGUCUGUUCAUGAUUUUCCUUUUUCUGUUUCGGUUUCUCUGCCUUUCUAUUUGGCUGUGUUUUUC